AUGAGGGGAGAUCCAAUGGAAAUAAAUAUUUCAGCAUAUAUUUGGCUUGUACGUCAAAAAAAUCAAUGGCGACUGGACUAUCUUGAUCCUGGAAGGACUGUACUUCUGACGUUUCGAGAUGUUAAGGUUGAGAACUUUCAAGAAGGUGAUGAUCUUGCUUUGAGGCUUGUACGUGUGGGAACUUCUGAAGCAAAGACGUGUUCUUUCUGGAAAGGAUUCGAAAUUGUACCACCAGAGUCUUCUUUCAGCAACUAUGGAAGACUCGGCGGUAUAUAA